GUAAGAGCACUUAUAGUUUUAGUACACACAGAGACAUUCAACAAACGACAGCAACAGGACUAUUACAUAAUACUGGACUACAAAACUUUAUAACAGCACCAAUAUGAUGCCUUUCUAAAAACAUUGUGACUUUUAAGUCGUGUCCAAUGUAAUUAAUUCGGUUUAAAGUAACUGUAUUUUCUUUUUGUUUGUUCUUUCGCGUUUCACGUCAUAUUUUAUUUUUACGAUUAUAUGUGAAAUUUUAAGAGAUAAAUUGUAGGCUAUUGCUGGUACCAUGGCUGACGCAGCCCAAAACCAGAUGGUCGAGAUCGACCCGGACUUCGAGCCGCUCUCCAGACCCCGCUCCUGUACUUGGCCGCUGCCUCGGCCGGAGUUUCCCAACCCCGCCGCAACCGACUCCAACACAUCGUCCCCUGCUCCGUCAGACAAGCAAGAGUCCUCCAGCAACAGGGACUUUAUUAACAACCUCAGUUUGCUGGAAGAGAAUGAGGACUUCCCUGAUCAGAAGCCCCUCAUGCUGUGCAGAGAUUUCCAGUGCCAGGAGAACUGCAUCCACCAGCAGCAGAUCCCGAGUCUACAGCAACAGGUGCCCGUACGUUCUUCUCCAGUGUCCGCUGCCGCUGCAGCCGCUCAGCGCAAGAGCAGCUCGUCCAGACGCAACGCCUGGGGGAAUAUGUCAUACGCGGACCUGAUUACCAAAGCCAUCGAGAGCUCCCCCGAAAACCGUCUCACCUUGUCUCAGAUCUACGACUGGAUGGUGAAAAGCGUCCCUUAUUUUAAAGACAAGGGGGAUAGUAACAGCUCCGCUGGUUGGAAGAACUCUAUCAGACACAACCUGUCCCUACAUAGUAGGUUUAUCCGAGUGCAGAAUGAGGGGUCAGGUAAGAGCUCUUGGUGGAUGCUCAAUCCUGAAGGCGGCAAAAGCGGCAAGAGGCCUAGACCCCGGGCUGCGUCCAUGGACAGCAACAGCAAGUUUGCCAACAGCAGAGGACGAGCAGCAAAGAAAAAGCUUGCUCUUCAGGGAGGGGCUGAGGGGGGCGCAAACAGCCCAGGCUCUCAGUACAGCAAAUGGCCUGGCAGUCCAAACUCCCACAGCAACGAGGACUUUGAUGCCUGGACGGCUUUCCGUCCCCGCACCAGCUCCAAUUCCAGCACACUGAGUGGCCGUCUCUCGCCCUUUAUUGAUGAUGAACUUGGCGACUCUGAUGUCCACAUGGUCUACCCAGGCCCUGGGUCAGGUGCCAAAAUGACCUCCACUCUCCCCAGCUUGUCUAAAAUGGCUGGUUCUCUCAGUCACAGGGGCUCUGAAAAUGUGAUGGAGAACCUUCUGGAUAACCUCAACUUGCUCUCACCUAAGAACCCAGCAGUGGGUUCCACAGGAGGGCCUGGGUCAGGAUCCAACCAGUCCUCACCCUCUUCGCUCAUGCAGCCCAGCCCUGGUUACUCCCCCUACAGUUCCCCAGAUCUGGCAGCAGUCAACCAGCAGACCCAACAAGACUAUUGUAAGUGUCUCUACAGUCAGCCAGGAAUGGGCAGCAUGUCCCCCAUGACGAUGCAGCCUCUGCCAGAAAGUAAGCCCUGUUUUGUUUCGGACCCAGGAAAUAUGGGCCAGUUUAACUGCACAGCAGGGCUGCUAAAGGAGCUCCUUACAUCUGAUGGAGAGCCUGUAAAUCUCUCAGUGCCCUCAGUGGACACAGUUGUCUCCCAGUCAGCUGGAGGCAGCGGAUGUAUGUUGGCUCCAUACAGCAGUGGGCGGAAUGAACUUAUGGGAGGUGGUGCAUCUCACAGUCAUACCCUCUCUCAUCCACACAAUAUGCACGGACAAGCCACAUCUCUGGUACUGAAUGGGCGAUCGUUGCAGCCUCUGACCGGCAUUGGUCACAGCGGUGCUGGUGGAUGCUUGGGAAACAUCAAGUCAGCCAUGCAGAUGCAGUAUGAAGGAUCCAGUCACCUUGGAGGUGGGCUUCCUCCUUACUGCAGUGUUAACAGCAACAGAUAUGGGUGCAGCCCUGGGAUGAUGCCCCACCAGCAACAGCAACACCUGGGGAAACUGCCCAGUGAUCUGGAUGGGAUGCCUCUGGAGCGAUUUGAAUGUGAUGUUGAGUCUAUCUUGCAUGAUACGCUCAUGGACGGAGAAUCGCUGGACUUCAACUUUGACCCUACGGCCACCCAACAGGGGUUCCCAACUCACAGUGUAAAGACCACCACUCACGGCUGGGUGUCUGGGUAGGAGCUACUUUUAUUAAACUUAUAAAAUUUAACAA